AUGUUCUCCGCCCAAAGUACCUCACCCUCCAAAUCUCAUCCUGAACCUCAACACAUAUAUCGACUGUGGCAAAUCUUCGUCGACAACAUCAACCCUCUCUUCAAGAUCGUCCACAUCCCCACCCUACAACAACGCGUCCUUGAUGCAAGCUGGAAUCCUUCUUCAGCGCCUCAGCCCCUGCAAGCAACCAUGUUCGCCAUAUACGCCCUCUCCGUCACCUCAAUGUCGCCGGAAGCCUGCCAAACAGCUUUCAACGAGAGCAGAGUCGCGUUGAUGACGCGCUACCGCACUGCAGCCUUCCAAGCCCUCGUUGAAGCGGAUUUUCUCACGACAAAGGACUUUGAGGUUGUCCAGGCUUUUGUGUUGUUUCUCUUCAUCAACCCCGAGUCCGAGCUGACGGCUACUCUAACCGCCGCGGCCCUGAAGCUAUGCAGAAGCCUGGGCAUUCAUCACGCCAAACCAGAUCCCAAGGUAUCCUUCUUCGAGAGGGAGAUGCGUAUUCGGGUAUGGUGGCAGUUAUACGGACUCGAAGCGCGAACUCGCGCGUUGGGAAGCCCAGAUUCGAGGUGUCCACCGUCGAGGAGUGAAUUUGGCGAUGUGCGCUCGCCCUUGAACGUCAAUGACGCGGAUCUGCACCCCGACAUGACGGAGGCACCGAUCGAGCACAGUCGUCCGACCGAGAUGAUGUGCGUGCUGAUGAAGUACGAAGUCUUCAACUGGAUUCGUUCGACACCUGCAGCAUCGCUGGUCUUCGAGCAUAUUGCUCAGAGCCGGGCGAGAGACAAAACCAUGAUGGAGGUCGAGAGCAAGGCCAUCAACGAGAUUGAGGGCAUCUACUACAACAAGUACCUGAAGGACGGAGACAAGCGUAUACCGAUUCAUGCGCAAACGUUCAACAUGGCGAAGCUGGUGAUUGCUCGGAUGAGGUUCAAAGUCUAUCAUCCCAGGUGUCGAAGGACCGGCACCAGCGACGAUGUUGUCAUGAGUCGAGAGGAGAAUGAUAUGUUAUUUGAGUUGGCGAUGAACUGGGUUGAAGCGGCCGAGGCAGGUUUGCGAAGCAAGUUCUCGGCACAUAUCUUCACACACAUGACUUCCAAAUGCCACAUCGACGCCUACAUCUACAUCAUCAGCGAACUUCGGUAUAGAUGCACUGGAGAUCGAGUGAAGAAGGCAUGGCAUUCUAUUGAAACACUCUACGAGGAGUAUCCAGAAAUGUUGGAGUCGAAAGACCCUCAGGCAAAGAGCGAGGGAAAGGAUGGAAACUGA